GUGUGUGUGUGUGUGUGUGUGUGUGUGUGUGUGUGACUUUUUGCAGAAGAGCAAUGCUGAGAGGCUCCACUUACAGGGCAGGCAUAAGUAGUGGAUGCCUGAAAAACAAAGGUGCAUUUGCCUGCGCUCCUGGGGCCUACAAGGAAGCAAUCUGCCAUGCUGUACCUCCUCUCCAUGUUUGUCCUGCUUGUACAGCCCCUGGGGAACCUGGGAGCAGAAAUGAGGACCCUCUCACAGAGAUCAGUAGCCAACGCCUGCACCCUAGUCAUGUGUAGCCCCACAGAGAAUGGCCUGCCUGGACGGGAUGGACGGGAUGGGAGAGAGGGUCCACGGGGCGAGAAGGGUGAUCCAGGUUUUCCAGGACCUGUGGGGCUCUCAGGGAUGCCUGGGCCUGCAGGUCCAGUUGGACCCAAAGGGGAAAAUGGCUCUGCUGGAGAGCCUGGACCAAAGGGAGAUUCUGGACCAGGUGGACCUCCAGGACUUCCAGGUAUGCCUGGUCCAGCUGGAAAGGAAGGCCCUUCUGGGAAGCAGGGGAACAUAGGACCUCAAGGCAAACCAGGUCCCAAAGGAGAGGCUGGGCCCAAAGGAGAAGUAGGUGCUCCAGGCAUUCAGGGAUCUGCAGGAGCAAAAGGCCCCGUGGGCCCCAAGGGAGAAAGAGGUGCUCCUGGUGAACGAGGAGCCCCUGGGAUUGCUGGAGCAGCAGGGCCUGUCGGAGCUGUGGGUCCACAGGGAACUCCAGGUUCCAGGGGGCCCCCAGGACUCAAGGGAGACAGAGGUGCUCCUGGAGACAGAGGAACCAAAGGUGAAAGUGGGCUUCCAGACAGUGCUGCUCUGAAGCAGCAGGUGGAGGCCUUAAAGGGACAACUACAGCAUCUAGAGGCUACCUUCUCUCGCUAUAAGAGAGCCACCCUUUUCCCUGAUGGCCGAAGUGUUGGAGACAAGAUCUUCAAGGCAGUGGACUCGGAAAAACCUUUUGAGGAUGCCCAGGAGAUGUGCAGGCAGGCUGGAGGGCAGCUGGCCUCCCCGCGUUCUGCUGCCGAGAACGCUGCCAUACAGCAGGUGAUCACAGUCCACAACAAAGCUGCUUUCCUGAGCAUGACAGAUGUGGACACGGAGGGAAAGUUCACGUACCCCACAGGGGAGCCCCUGGCCUAUUCUAACUGGGCUCCGGGGGAGCCCAACAACAAUGGUGGGGCAGAGAACUGUGUGGAGAUUUUCUCCAACGGCCAGUGGAAUGACAAGGUUUGUGGAGAGCGACGCCUUGUCGUUUGUGAGUUCUGAGCCACUAGGGGUAAUAGACAGGACAGUAUUCGGCCAGGAGCUUCGUGAGUGCCGCACGGCUCGGACCCAUGAGUUGCUGACAUUCUAAUAAAAGGAAACCAUCUGUCUAACUUGGGUUCUCUGUCGAAAGCAGCCCAAAGACAGGGCUACCACCGAAUACACCUCUCAGAGUAUCGUGCCUGGCUACCUUCACAUGCUGAAAAGCUCUCAGGGGAAAGAGAGGCCGU